CAGUUGCAUUUAAUUUAAAUUUGAGAGUGGUAUUUGUUUGAAAAAUUAAUGAUUUCGUCGAUUAGUUUCAAUCUAAUCAAAUGAAAAAUGUGAAUGAUUGUGAGAGCAACACACUGUUUAAAACUCACCCCACGUUCUAGAAUUUUUACCGCUAAAGGAUAUAAUUAAAUAAAGAUGAAGUUCCCCGUCGGCGUUUUCCUCCUCAUCGUCGUAGGUCACGUGUCAUCGACUGUCUUAAUCGCCGAUAAUACAAUGUCAAAAAUGAUUGAAUUGACAACCAAAGCGCCAUUUUGUCACGUCCACACUGACAGAGGGAAAAUUCGAGAUAUGUUGUUCAGUUCCGAUCCGCGAAAAAUCCGUCAAAUGUCGGAUGAGUCAAUUGCCAAACUUGUGGAUAUCUGUGUGAAUAAUGGGGUGCGAUCGGCGCAUCAAGGGGGCUUUAUUUAUCCGGGAACCAAAUGGUGCGGUCCUGGAACCAUCGCGACGAAUUUCACAGAUUUGGGGUACCACACCAAGGAGGAUAUAUGUUGUAGAGAUCAUGAUAAUUGUCCCAAUAAUUUAAUGAGGGGUGAAUGUAGACAAGGGAUUUGUAAUGAUUCGCCAUUUACGAGGUCGCAUUGUGAUUGCGAUGCGACUUUUCGACGAUGUUUGCAGAAUGUCAACACUGAAACGGCAAACACAAUCGGGGCGAUUUUUUUCAAUGUGGUUCAAGUGAUUUGUUUCAAGGAACGAAGUCCCUGCUCCAAACAACAAAGUGAUUGCAUGGCAGAAUUUGUAAAAUCUGGUCGUUAUGUUGGUAGUCCUUACCCUCGCUUCGAUUGGAGAAAUAAACACGAAUUUUUUAUUAAUAUUAUUUUGAGAAAAUUGAGACUGUUGUAAUUUGUUGGCAGGACUGGUUAUACGCAAGCCGAAGGUGAUAAAGUUUGCUCUCAGUGGAAUUACAGACCUUCCGAAAAAUAUGUUCCAUUAAUGCCUCGAUCUUUUAAGUAGAAAUUCUACAGGGAACGCAAUAAAUAAACACACUGUAUCACAUCUCAGUCAACGAUUUAGUACAAUAAUACGAGUAUUUUAGAUUUUACACUUAAUAAGGGCCACGUUUGGUCAAUUUUUGUAGUUUUAGUCUCGAAAACAAUAAUCAGAGUUGUGAUAUUUUAAGUUAGGCUGUUUCAAUAAUAUCGUACUGUAUUCAGUAGAAUGUUUCAUAAAUGAAUGUCAGAAAUAAAAGUUUUCAUGUCGCAAAA